UCACCUUGACUUAGAAAAGAGUUCGCAGAAUUAAAAGUAAACUGAAAAUUAUCAUUGCUCUUGUUGCUGCCAUAACCAUUCCAUCCUCGUUGUAACCAUGCUGAUAAUGCAUAGAUUGUCCAGUGUUCAGCUUCUUUAUAUCCUUAUUAUUGUGCUACUCUUGUACGUGAAACAAGGUCCUAGAUUCAUUUCAGCAGCGGAAAGGGCAAAACUCAGGUGCAUAGAAAGGGAAAGACAAGCACUCCUCAGUUUUAAACAAGAACUUGCGUAUCCCUCUGGUCUUCUUUCUUCUUGGGGAAGUGAUGACGAAGAGAAGAGUGAUUGCUGUAAAUGGGUAGGAGUUGGUUGCAACAACAGAACUGGUCGCAUCACCAUGCUUGAUCUUCAUGGUUUGGCUGUGGGAGGUAACAUUACCGAUUCAUUACUUGAGUUGCAGCAUUUGAAUUAUUUAGACAUUAGUGAUAAUAGUUUCUAUGGGAAUCCUUUCCCAAGUUUCGUUGGCUCCCUCAGGAAAUUAAGAUACCUGAGUCUCUCCAACAAUGGUUUAAUCGGAAGGCUGUCAUAUCAGCUUGGGAACCUCUCUAGCCUGCAAUCUCUUGAUCUCAGCUAUAAUUUUCAUGUUAGUUUUGAAAGCCUUGAUUGGCUUUCUCGUCUUUCUUUUUUAGAGCAUCUUCACCUGACUGGAAAUCACCUUACCCAAGCCAGUGAUUGGAUGCAAGUCGUUAACAAGCUCCCUCGCCUAAAAGACUUGCAGUUAAGUGACUGUAGCCUUUUAAGCAUCGUUCCUCCAGCUCUUUCUUUCGUCAAUUCUUCAAGAUCUCUUUCUAUCCUUGAUCUUUCAUUCAACCAGCUUUCUUCAUCAAUAGUCCCCUGGUUGUCCAACUCCAGUGAUAGCCUUGUUGAUCUUGACCUAUCUGCCAACCAGUUACAAGGUUUUAUUCCAGAUGCUUUCGGGAAAAUGACUUCUCUCACGAAUCUUCAUCUUGCCGAUAAUCAACUUGAAGGAGGAAUUCCAAGAUCCUUUGGAGGAAUGUGUAGCUUACGUGAGCUAGAUUUGUCCUCCAACAACCUCAGUGGACCCCUUCCCAGGUCUAUUCGAAAUAUGCAUGGAUGCGUAGAGAACUCGCUGAAGAGUUUGCAAUUACGUGAUAACCAACUUCAUGGUUCUUUGCCUGAUUUUACAAGAUUCUCUUCCGUUACUGAAUUGGACCUCUCUCAUAACAAAUUGAAUGGAUCUUUACCAAAAAGAUUUAGACAACGUUCUGAACUUGUUUCCUUGAACUUGAGUGACAACCAACUCACUGGAUCACUGCCAGAUGUUGCGAUGCUUUCAUCAUUGAGAGAGUUCCAUAUAUAUAACAAUCGAUUAGAUGGGAAUGUUUCUGAAAGUAGUGGAAGCUUAUCUCAGCUCGAGAAAUUGAAUGUUGGGAGGAAUUCUCUGCAAGGUGUGAUGUCUGAAGCUCAUUUCUCAAAUCUAUCCAAAUUACAGGAUUUGGAUUUAUCUCAUAACUCUCUGGUUUUGAAAUUUACGUACGACUGGGCUCCCCCUUUUCUAUUGAAUUACCUUUAUCUUUCAUCUUGCAAUUUGGGCCCUCAUUUCCCUCAAUGGCUUCGAAAUCAAAAUAAUUUAUGGGUGCUAGAUAUCUCUGGUACUGGAAUUUCUGAUACAAUCCCCAAUUGGUUUUGGGAUCUGUCUAAUUCCGACUUGACCCUCUUAAACUUUUCCCACAACAACAUGCGAGGUAUGUUGCCUGAUUUGUCAUCAAAAUAUGCUGAAAUUGUUGGGGUAGAUUUGAGUUCCAACCAGUUUGAGGGCCCGUUACCACCUUUUCCUUUACAAACAAUUGCCUUAGAUCUCUCUAACAAUAUGUUUUCAGGUUCAAAUUCUGCUAUAUGUAAGAUUGCAGGUCCUCAAUUGAUCUCUCUUGACCUCUCAAAGAACCUAUUGUCAGGAAAUCUUCCUAAUUGCUUAAUCCCUUUCGAUGGAUUAGAAUUUCUGGACUUGGCCGACAACAAUUUUUCUGGUAGAAUUCCUAGGUCCUUGGGAUCACUAUUGGUGCUUCGAACAUUGAAUUUACGUAAUAAUAGCUUCUCUGGACGACUACCUUUGUCUUUAAAAAAAUGCACUGAUUUGAUGUUUUUAGACCUAACUAUAAAUAAAUUGCAUGGAAAAAUACCAGCUUGGAUGGGAGAAAGCCUUUUGUCUCUGAAAUUCCUCUUCCUACAAUCUAAUGAGUUCUAUGGAAGCAUACCAUCUCAUUUUUGUCGGCUAAGACAUAUUAAGAUAUUGAACCUCUCUCUGAACAACAUCUCUGGAAUCAUUCCAAAAUGCCUCAACAAUUAUACUGCUAUGAUUCAGAAAGGGGAGUUAACUGAUAUUACUUCUGGUAAACUUGGUUUGGGACAACCAGGCCAACAUGUUAACAAAGCAUGGGUUGAGUGGAAAGGAAGACAGUAUGAAUACGUACGGAGUCUGGGACUUUUCAGGAUUAUUGAUUUUGCAGGAAACAAACUAACCGGAGAAAUUCCUGAAGAGAUAACAAGUCUCUUAGAAUUGGUUGCACUGAACUUGUCAGGAAACAAUUUGACCGGAGGUAUCCCUCUCAAGAUUGGGCAGCUGAAACAGCUAGAAUCUCUUGAUUUGUCAGGAAAUCAGUUGUCAGGAGUGACUCCAUCCAGCACAGCUUCUCUAAGUUUUUUGAGUUGCUUGAAUCUCUCCUACAAUAACCUGUCCGGGAAAAUUCCAUCAGGCACCCAGCUGCAAAGUUUUAAUGCUUCAGCAUUUUCCGGUAAUCUUGCCUUGUGCGGGCUGCCGGUCACACAUAAAUGUCCUGGAGAUGAGGCGACUCCAAGACCACUGGCUAAUACUGACAACCAAGGCAAUGAAACAGUUGUUGAUGAAUUCAGGAGAUGGUUUUAUACUGCUUUGGGAAUCGGUUUCGGUGUGUUCUUUUGGGGAGUUUCAGGUGCUUUACUGCUAAAGCGUUCUAGAAGAGAUAUGCCUAUUUCCGGUUCUUGGACGAAGCAUGGGACAGGAUCUACGUGAAAAUAGCUGUGCAGAAGGCAAGACUGCAGCAGAUAUAUCAUAGGCUCCUGUCUUAGAGGGAUGGCAACAUGCUCUACUUAAGAUAUGGUGUUUGGUGUGCCAUUGAAAUUUGAAUUAACCGUGUGCCAUUGUGUCUUGUUUCUUGGGAGUUUGUGUUGUUAGUGUUUCUGUAUUGCAGAAACUUCAUUGUUGUCUGCUACUUCAAGAUUAAAAUAAGGUUCCAGGGACUCUCUUGGCUAACUAUUUGUAGAACUGCUGGUUUUUUUGUGUUGAAAU